AUGCUUCAGCUCGCAGCUCCCCAGGCGCUGUUUCGCUGCGUCGCCACCUCAAGAUCUUCUGUCCUCUCUACGUGCCUUCGAGCGAGCGCAUGGAGAACUCCAAAAGUUCUAGAUACCAUUAACUUGGUAUCCCGACGCGGUUAUGCAGAGGCUUUCUCGCGUGCGAAGCCGCACAUGAACAUCGGAACAAUUGGCCACGUCGACCACGGUAAAACAACCCUCACAGCGGCUAUCACGAAAGUCCUUGCUACUCAAGGUGGUGCCAAGUUCACGGACUACUCUCAGAUUGACAAGGCUCCCGAGGAAAAGGCUCGCGGUAUCACCAUUAACUCCUCCCAUGUCGAAUACGAAACCGAUUCUCGUCACUACGGCCAUAUUGACUGUCCCGGUCAUGCUGAUUACAUUAAGAACAUGAUUACCGGUGCCGCUCAGAUGGACGGUGCUAUCAUUGUGGUUUCUGCUUCUGACGGUCAAAUGCCCCAAACCCGCGAGCAUCUUCUCUUGGCUCGCCAGGUCGGUGUUAAGAAGCUCGUCGUGUUCAUCAACAAGGUUGACCAGAUCUCGGACCCGGAAAUGCUCGAACUCGUGGACAUGGAAAUGCGUGACCUUCUUUCGACCUACAACUUCGACGGCGAGAACACUCCUAUCAUCAUGGGUUCAGCAUUGGCUGCUUUGGACGGGAGGGACGACGACAUUGGUUCAAAGAAGAUUCUCGAAUUGGUCAAGGCUUGUGACGAAUGGCUCGACCUCCCCCCUCGCGACUUGGAAAAGCCCUUCCUUAUGCCCAUCGAGGACGUCUUCUCCAUCUCCGGUCGUGGAACCGUCGCAACUGGACGUGUUGAGCGUGGUAUUGCAAACAAGGGUGCUGAUGUUGAGAUUGUUGGCCUCGGCGGUAACUUCAAGACUACCCUCACUGGCAUUGAAAUGUUCCACAAGGAGCUCGAUCGCGGCGAAGCUGGUGACAACAUGGGCUGCUUGCUCCGUGGUGUAAAGCGCGAGCAACUCAGACGCGGCCAAGUCAUUGUCGCUCCUGGUUCGAUCAAGGCCGUCAAGAAGUUCCAAGCUCAGAUCUACGUUUUGACCAAGGAUGAGGGUGGUCGUUACACUCCAUUCAUGAGCAACUACCGCCCUCAACUUUUCAUCCGUACUGCUGACAUUACUGUUUCGCUCACUUUCCCUGAAGGAACUGCCGAUGCGGCUGAGAAGAUGGUCAUGCCUGGCGACAAUGUCGAGAUGGUUUGCGACCUCGUACAUGACGUUGCUGCAGAGGUUGGCUCCCGUUUCACCUUACGUGAGGGUGGAAAGACAAUCGGUACUGGCAUUGUGACCAAGAUCAUUGAGACGGCAUAA